AUGCUGGGCUUCUCUCAAUAUAACCUGGAGCUUCGCGAGCCUGAUAGCGAUGAUAUAGAGGACCACCCUGAGUGGGCUUGUGAGGAAGGGGAAUACUCUCGCCGAAUCAACGACACGGCUGCUCUUAUUGUCCCCAGGGAGAACAUCGUUGACUUGAUCGACUUCAGGAAACCUGUCGGUUACUACAGCAGCACAAGGUUCAGCCAAGAGGCUGUGGAAAACGUCCUCGACAUACUUACCGUGGAUAUGGAGAGGUUUCCAGAUGAUCCAAAGCCUAGGCAGGCCCUGUUGGACAUGAUGACUAGGCUUUCCGGAGCCGGUGAAAUGCUGAGAGGCGUGGCCGUGGAAAGAAUCAUUGAAUUGACUUUGGAGUCUGGUGACAUGGCUCUAUAUAACAAGACUCUUGCUGUUACAUCAUUUGCAACAAACUUUGAUUCAAUGCAAGUGGCCAAGCUGUUUGAACCACACUUGGUUAAGGAGUAUCUUGACAAGGGAAGUACUGUCAAUUGGAACGACUGGCUCGGCCCCCUGACAGAACGGAGUUUCCAAGAUUUCCGACAGAGCUGUGCCAGUCUCAAGUUUUGUAUUGAGAAUGUGGCUCUAGCCCAGUCCCUUGAUGCAUGGGUGUUGGAUGUGUCGGACUUGAAGAUGGAGACGGAACAGAAAUGGGACUCUUUCGAUUGUAGCCUGGCCCUCGACUGGAUCAGAGAACGAUCUGAGAAGCCGGACUGGAUUUUGAACCGGUUUCUUCCCAACAUCGCUGCACAUGCUGGCAGGCCGUUCUUGUUUAAUCUUCUGCGUGCUCUGUGGCUACAUAGCAGUGAUCCCGGGUUCCUGAACGCAGGCGCCAUGUGUCGAACCAUUAUUCAGCACGGUUUUGACAAGCUCAUAGUCCGGAUCAAGGACUUUGGCUACAAUGGGGGAACCCCUGAACCCGUCCUCCUCCCCUUUGUGGGGUGCAUCCGAGACUGUCACAUUGGCGAAUUAUCCCAAGAGGCUUCGAACCUGCUCGCAGCGACCUCUGCGGGUCUGGCCAAGUCACGGCAUUCAUGGCCUCGCAACAUCGGCCGAUCACGCGCCAUCAUGGAAGGUCUCGUCAAACAUCUGGCUGGGUUGUUUGAAAGAGGAGAGGCUGUGCCAGUGCCAGAGUUUGGAGAACUUGUUGAACUCUUGAUACGGGAUUUCAUCCGUACUACCGUGCCUCCGUUCCCCGCUGAGCCAAAUGGCUGGACUUAUGAUGCGCGUGGCUGUGCGUGUUCUGAUUGUUGGGAGUUGAGGACGUUUCUCGCGUCUCCUGUUAUGCAGACCUGGGAGUUUCCUGCCUCCCAAAAGCGUCGAAAGCACAUUGAGGAGAUACUACUGGGUGAUACCUAUUCCUUCAGGAUAGAGACAACCCAAACCAGGUCGCCUUACACCUUGGUCGUGACCAAGACAGGAGGGGAGCAUCAGCUCAAGGUAAAAAAGUGGCAAGACGCGUAUCAGCAGCUCAACAGUCUCGUGGCGCCGUUUCGGAACGAGGCCAUGCGGGGGUGUCUGGGUGAUGAAAAGUAUCGCGAGCUGAUACUCUUGGAGGGUUAUGCCCAACAUGCAGCGCCUGCGGGUGUGGCAGGGACGAGGAGGCGUGCUACAUCUACGGCGGACGAGCCGGAGCCUCAACGACGUCGAGUAAUGUGA